AUGCUGUUAUUGGUGAACAGAUAUGGAAGGUUAUCGGUGAUAUACCAGAAAAAGAACGUUCAAUGCUGGAAGAACACACCAUCUGUAAGACCGAGCACUGCAAGACGCGAUCCAUCAGAUUCACGUAAUCCUCUAGAGCCUGUUCCUAACGAAUUUCGCCGUCAGCAACCGGUUUCUGCAGCUCAUGCUAGAGCGCGUGCUAUGUUGAAUGAACUAGGUGAUUUAUCACCUGAGAAAGCUCCAUGUAUGCCUCCACUUAUUCAGUUAGAUGCUGAUAUAAAUGAUCUUUUCCAACCAGUUGAAAUUCCAGCAUUGAAAGCACACGUGCGCCAGCCUGUUCUCAAUGCACUGUUACGAACAAGUCCUGACACUGCUUCGGCGAUCACAAUGGUCGUAACGGCUAUAUCUUCCAAUGAUUUACUAAUCAGUUGUCAUGCUUUGGCCGAAAUUGACACUGUUCUUAGAGAUGAAAAGUGGUACCUUUUACUCAAUCAUGUCAAUCAAGUCCUGAUGCUUAUUACAAUGCAGUUACGCCAAGUUACUUCGCGAUAUUUUGGAGAUCCUUCAGUUUCAGAGGAGCAAUUGCAUACAUUAAUUCGGUCUCAUUUGGCCACUAUCGAAUCUCUUUUUAGUCGUCCAACAUUAGGUCGCGAGGCUUCACGGGAAACUUUAAGAGAAUUAUCUCAGUCUCUCCUUCAAAUGAUGUUGGAUGAAAGGACUGCUGAAAUGUCCAGUGGAGAAAAUGUUAUCAGAUCGAUCAAUGCAUUAUUUGUUCUUAUUUUGGAGGCUUCCAAUGGAACACGUAUACUCAGUGCGCUCAUUCGGUUACUACAUGAAUGUAUCAGGAUGAAUACUGCAUUUAAUAAUUACUCUGUGGAUGUCAUACUUCUGGACUGUCAUCAUUUUUUAAAAGCUUUCCCACCUUCCUCAUGGAGUGCACGGAAAUCAGAUGUUCCUUUACGAACAAUCAAAACCCUAUUGCAUGUAUUAUGUGGCCUCCAAGGUCCAUCAAUUUUACAGUUUCUAGAAAGUAUACCUAAUAAGGAAGAUUCAGAACUGGAGUCCUACCUUAUUCGCACACUAAAAACUACUUCAGGAGUUACAACUACCUCUGAUUCCAAAAAAAUACUGGCCUCUGAAAGUCAUUCAAAAGGAUUUGUACUUUCUACUGCAACUCGUGAGAAAUUAACCGAAAUAUUCAAAAAGGUCGGAUCUAAGAAACCUGAUGAAGGUUUAAAUGAACUAUACGAUUUCACUCAGCUCUAUCCAGAUGUAGACUUAUCGUCAUACUUAACAAACACAAGCCAAUUUUUCCAAGCCUACAUAAAACAAGCUUUACGAAAUAUAGCUGUUGAACGCGCCCGUCAGGCUAGACUAAGUGUAAAUGAUAAAGAACCAAACACAUUAGCAGCUCAUCAAACUAAUGGCAUUUUAGCGCGUCCUAAUUGGAAUCCAGAUUUUGAUGCAGAUAUUUCUAAUGGCCAACUAACUGAUCCCAAAGUAUUUAUGAAUCGAUUGGCGAUGCUACGAAGAGAACUGGGUCUUGGUGGUGUAUCCACAACGAACAUUGAUGAUAAUAUUGGGCCAUCUGAUGAAGCUGGUUCACAAAAUACAGCCUUUGAAACAACUCUUCGAAAUAUGGUUCAACCAAAAGGUGAUUCUCCUGAUGAAAAUAUUCGACCUGAAACAGAACAAAGGCCUACUAUGUCCACCACUGAACUAAUGGAUUUGAAACGAAGACUAGAUCGAAUCAAAAGUGCCCAAAAGCAUUAG